AUGGUGAGCUUACGAGAUAUUGUCAAAUCGAUCACACAAUCUGUUCGAAAUGCAACAGCAGAAUCAGAGGGGCAGUCCUCUUUUGAUACCAUAGAAAAAUACAUUGACGAGCAAACCAGUGCCAACAUUGGAGACACCUCUCUUUUGGCUUCAGUGGAUUCAGCUUCUGUCGACAAACUAUCGCAAGAGCUGGUUACGCUAUACGAAACAACGAUUGGCGCUAGCAAGAACACGAGUACUGCUCAUCCAACAUCACAGUCCUCAGUAGCAGCAGCAGCACCCACACCAGCAACACAAGCUACCGUCAUCUCGUGCAGACCAGACAUCGAGCGCACUCAUGCACAGCACUAUAUCCUGCUUCGUUCGCUGAGGGCAUUGCUGCCUAUACUGCGACCCACCAGAAUAUUUGAGGACUGGUGGCAUCUACUGAAACCCAUCCUGACAUCUGCUUGCUAUACCACUCGCAUCAAAAAGGAGACACGAUUGAUUAUUACAGACUCGUUGAUCAUGGAGCAGGAUCUAGUGCGAAUCCAUGAAAUGACAGAUUGCGUCUACUUUCAUAAAAUAGUCAACACUUACUUGGAGUGGGGAGAAAGCAGCUAUCAGAGACAAGAGGAAAGAGACGAAACAAGCAGACAGCAUCAAGCCUUGUUGGAUUUGGAUCAAGAUGAGUGGUCCAAGAAUCUCACCACUAUUCUGUUAUCGGUGGGUGCCUCAGAAACGAAGCAAUUCUUUCAUCUGCUGAAUAGAUACUUUUUGUCCAGCAAGCAUCGAUUGCAGAUUGUAUAUUUGCUGAGUGAGUUUAUGAGGAGACGAAGAACACACCUACACGAGAUCCUAGAUACCCCACUAUUCGAAUCCAUGCUCAAGUCGUUGAUGUACGAUAAUUCGACUACUUUGAUCGCCAUUUCAGUGACAAACCUCAUCAUGUUGCUGCCAAGAAUGUGUACCUCGUUGCCCCAAUUUUUGCCUCAAUUAUUCUAUAUCUUUGCAAGAGCUAUCUGCUGGGAUCAAUUAAGAGAUCUUCGAAAGAAACAAAGCUCAGACUCUUUUGCUUAUCCCUCGCCCAACAGAAAAGUAGCAGAUGGAUGGGAUUGUGUCGAUUAUACCUUUUCAAAAUUAUCAGCCCCUCCUUCCAACCCGCAGACAGGCGCUUUCUUUACAUCGCUCUACGGCCUGUAUCCGUGCAAUUUUCUCAAGUUUUUAUACAAACCCUAUGUCUAUUUCAAGGAAAACGACUUUUCAUUGCCUGAAGAGUUUGACGAAGAAACGUUCAAAGCUAGAACCAUCCCUCAAGUGACCAGACAUAUGUUACAUCCCAGUCUAGUAGUAAUGGACGCACAAACUGAAUUGACCGACAAAACUCGUUGGAUGAAAAUGGAACCACCAGAUGUGAUUGCGCAGAUCAUGGGACUUGACCUGACCAACGCGGCUUCCAGAGUAGCUUUCACAGCAAGUGAAGAGGCAGAGGAGAACAAACAGCUGGAUCUGUUGGAUGAAACGCUCUGGUGUGAAGCAAAAGAGGAAAACAAAGAGUCUAAGCGAUCGGAGGGACUCUCAGAUGAUAGCAGUGGAUCCAUAGAGGCACCACAGCAACCACCGCAGCAGCAACAUAACAACACUGCUAAUAGACCGUACAUGAUUUCAAACAUUGUGACAUUGCACAAAGCACUCAAAAGUGGAGCUGAAGUGUUGGUGGGCGAUGAUGUCUGGGAUGCAGUUGCAGAGCCUACACCGACUACAACAACACCUUCUACGCCCAUGGCCAACACCACGACGCCCUCCAGCACGGAUCAGUCUAUUGAUAUCAGCGGCAUGUCAUCAGAGACUAAAUUACUUUUGGCAGCUUUGAAAAGAGAAGUGCUGUUGCUCAGAAACGAGCUGAAUUUUGAACUGUUUUUAAAGCAACAACAUCUUCAGCAUAUAGGACGCCUUCAUCGUGAGCAUGUGCUUGAUACAUCUGUGGAAGCAGAGAGACAACAACUGUACAACACCACUCGCAUGUUGAAAGCACAACUGAAUCAGACUACAUCUGCUCUGGAAAAGCUGAAAGCCGAAUCAGCAUUAACCAAGCAAAAACACAUUAAAUGGGAAGAUGAGCAAUCAGGGAAGCUGCGCAAUUACCGUGAAGCGCGCAAAGAGUGGCAAAACCAGAUGGCUAGAGCAGCGCAUCAAGUGAAGGACUACGAAAAGCAGCUCAACGAACAGCGCAUUCAACUAGACAGUGCUCGGCAACGUGUGUUUGAGAUGGAGAACGAGCUCAAGACAUUAGAACCGACAUUGAAUCGAGUGACUGAAAACGAACAUCGAGUGAAGCAGCUGACACAGCAGAUGCUGUUAUGGGAGGAGGAUACUAUUCAUAUGGAAGAACAAAAGAGAUACAUCAAGGGCCUUUUGUCGCAAUGGUGGAGUAUGGAGGAGUUGGUGGCUAGUUUGCAAGCUGAAAACAGACGCUUGCAAGAGGAACAAAUUCAUAAAGAGGAGCGCUUUGAGAAACUAAAAGUCGAACUGACGGACUCUCACACAAAGAUGGAGAGUCUCAGCAAGACGUUCAACUGCACCAAAGACUCUGUAAAGACAGAAAAAUUGCAGCAGACCAUCAACCAGCUCAAAUCGAGAUUAGAACAACUAGAGAUUGAAAAGCUCGAGUGGAAUGCUGAAAUAGAAGCAUUGCAGUCUAAAUCAAACAGUCUUCGGGAACAAGUUGCAUCAUCUACUCCAUCAGAAGAAUAA